UGCGUGGUGUGUGUACGCUCCGUGCAAAAAUAAUAAUAAAUAAGUCGUGCGGCGGAAUUUUGAUCUGUAAUUUAAUUUUCAAGUGUUUUAAAAUUGAAUACAAUAUUUUGUUUUAUUAUGUUUUUGUGUUAUGCCUGUGUCUCUGUGUAUUGGAAGCUGAUUUAAUUGUGUUUAUAAAAAUUGCAAGGGCAUUUGCGCAAGCGCAGCUUUGACAGAUUGUGGAAACGUUCAUUAUAUUAUUAAUAUUUACUAUACAAUACAUACAAUAAAUGUAGAUAUACGCGAAUGUGUAUUAUAUUAAAACAAUGUUUCUUAUUUGUUGAGAAAAACAGACGCGGAAGAAAUUACGCACACACACACACACAGACACAUGUUAGUGUCUUGUCUCUUAUUGGCUUUUAUUUUUGUUGUUGUGUUUUGUUGUAUGUGCAAGUAGUGAAAGCGUGUGAAACGUCGCGACGUUGAAUUUGUGUUAAAAAAAAGUGUGUAAAAAUUUAAUGCACAUUUAAGGGGCAUUUUAGGGAUAUCAAUUACCCCUGGUACAUUGCCCCCACCAACCUUCCUUCGCGUCCAUCAUUGGGCGAAAACCUUUGAUCACCAUUCAAAUCCUGUCUUUGUGGCCAGACAGAAAUUUCCGGUCGAGUAGAAAUGGCAACCAAGUAAAGGAAAGGAAUGGCAAAAAAAUGAAACCGCAACUUUUCAUCAACUCCAUUUAUAAGUCCAUCGGCAUCACUAACUUACGCCUGACUAGAGCUUAAGAGUGUUGCAGUUCCCACUCGUAUAAUACAGGCAUUCGUCCAAGAUGAGUGGUGCCACGGCGGCAACAUCGCCACUUCCAUUGAAUGGAUCUAAUGGAUCACUUUCAUAUCGGCAAGCAGCAGCUGCUGCGGCUGCUACUGCUGCCACACCGAGUCAUGUCCAUCAUCAUCAUCAUCAUAAUGGAUAUCGCUUGCAACCGAAAAUCAUUGCCACAGGAUCAGUUCACAAUGUAAGCGAACGCAAUCGACUUUUGGAAUUGUUACAUGCAGGAGGAACUGGUGGGAACGGAUUUGGAUUGGAAGCAUCUUUUCUGACAUCACCCACUUUGGAGCAGACGUCAAAGGGUCUUUUAAAUGGUCCUGGGCAGAACAAUUGUUUUCUAAAUUGUGCCGUUCAGGUCUUGUGGCAUCUGGAUGUAUUUCGACGCUCGUUUCGUAGCAUAAAUCAGCAUGUAUGUGGAGGACAAGAUUGCAUAUUCUGUGCCCUAAAGGAACUUUUCCAACAGUUGCAAACCAGCUCGGAGCCAGCUCUAUGUCCCGAGCCUUUGCGUCGUGCUCUGGCCAGUGGCCCGCUGGCUGGACGACGUUUUCCAUUGGGUUGUUUGGGCGAUGCUGCCGAAUGUUUUGAGCUCCUAUUGCAUCGUGUGCACUCUCACAUUUCGCCAGAUGAUACGGGCGAUGCAUGUGAAACGGCCAAUUGUAUAGCUCAUCGACGAUUUGCCAUGCGGGUUAUCGAGCAGAGUGUGUGCAAAUGUGGAGCCAACUCGGAGCAGUUACCCUUCACACAGAUGGUCCACUAUGUAUCCGCAUCGGCCCUAACAUCACAAAAGAAUCUGGCCAUGCAGAGCCAUCAACAGCUGAGUUUUGGCCAAUUAUUACGUGCCGCUGGAAAUAUGGGCGAUAUACGCGAUUGUCCGAAUUCAUGUGGAGCGAAAAUUGGAAUUUGUCGAGCUCUGCUAAAUCGACCAGAUGUCGUAUCAAUUGGCAUUGUAUGGGAUUCGGAAAGACCAGCUGCAGAUCAAGUGCAUGCAGUGCUGAAAGCAGUUGGCACCAAUCUUCGACUUUCUGAUGUCUUCCAUCAGGUCAGCGAACAACGCUGGGCCCAACAAUAUCAACACGAACUGGUUGGCAUUGUGUCAUAUUAUGGCAAGCAUUAUACGACCUUCUUUUUCCAUACCAAACUGAAGGUUUGGGUCUAUUUCGAUGAUGCCAAUGUCAAGGAGGUGGGACCCAGCUGGGAGGGAGUUGUGGAUAAAUGCAGUCGUGGCCGUUAUCAGCCAUUGCUGCUUAUUUAUGCGGUGCCACAACCGCCCAGCUCCGCCGCCAUGGAAGCGCCCAUUGUCUCCUCUCUAUCGGCGGCCGCUGCUGUGGUGCGUCGCGCCAUUACUCCCAGUCCGGAGAAGCCAAGUUUGGGGCAUACUCGCCGGGCAAUUACACCGACUCCGUUGCGCAGUUCACCGGCGAAUGAUUACCAGAAUCUCAGUAUCAUUCAGAAGACAAUACAAACAAAUCCUGGCAAUGAUGAGACUGAUGGCUAUAUUAGCCGUAAAACGGUGGAACAUGUCCUUAAUGCACAAUACCAGAAUCUGAGUGUCAUUCAGGAUAAAAUAAACGGAACGGCGGGCGGUGUUAAUGGCGGCGGUUCUCUGUUAGAUCGUAAGCCGCUCAUCGAUACGGCUCGUCGUCAGCUGCAUCAUCAGCAUUUGCAGUUGCAGCGUAGCCAUAGUUCCGAAUCCAGUGGAGCAUCCAAUGGAAAUUCUCCACCAAGUGAUGGUCUAACCAUGCCCGAGCACUUGAAUCAGCCACGACGUCGGGAUUCGGGCAAUUGGUCUGGAGAUCGGAAUAGCGCAAGUUCGGCUAGUUCAACGACAUUGGAUAAUCCAUACCUAUAUAUGGUGGCCAAACGCGGAGGAGGAGGAGGAGGCGGAGGAGCAGGUGUCAUUGGUGGUGGAAGCAUCUCAGCAGUGCCCCAGAGUCCUACGAGGCAUGGCAUGCCCUAUGACGCUGGCUAUGAUUCAUUCUCCCUCAGCUCAACGGACUCAUAUCCACCCAAGCAUCCAUUGAAUCCCCAACUGGCUAAGAUACCAGAAGCGGCAGGUUCCGGAAUGGCACCUCAAGUGGUUUCGAGUGGUCUCCAUUUGGCAGGGGAUUGCGAGAAACUUUGCCACGAGGCCGAUCAAUUGCUGGAGAAGUCGCGACUUGUCGAGGAAUCACAUGACCUGGAAACGGCUUUGGUCUUGUGUAAUGCAGCCGCUGGCAGGGCACGAGCAGCAAUGGAUGCUCCGUAUAGCAAUCCGCAUACGAUGACCUUUGCUCGCAUGAAACACAACACGUGCGUGAUGAGGGCCAGAAGUCUGCAUCGUCGCAUCCUUGUCGAGAAGGGCCCCGAAUCGGAGGCCAUGCCAGAGCUGAAGCAUAUGCGAGAGGGCAGCACCAGCAGUGUGAAGCAUGUGAGACAGAAUAGCAAGGAUCGCACCCUGGAUCCGCUGAGCAAGGAGCAACAUCCAUUGCAAAUGCAUGAGCAACAACAGCAGCAACCAUUGCCGGCGUCUUCAGCCAAGAGCAUUGAGAUUUAUGCCACUCUGCCCAAGCGCAAGAGUCCUUUGAAGACAUUGGCCGCUGCCUCAGCAGCUGCAGGAGGCACAGAUGACUUGGCCAUUGCAUACGAACAGCAGCAGCAGCAGCAGCAAUCCAAGCCCGAGCGGGAGAGUCGUUCGAUAUUUGGUCGUCGCGAUAAGGACAAAGACAAGGAGAAGGACAAGCGGAGUCGCAGUGAAGAUCGCCAUAAGCUUACCCGGGAAUUUUCCUUAACCGAAACUCUGCUCGUCAAUGCCAAGGACACAUUGAAGAAGCACAAGGAAGACAAGGAUGAGAAGAAGGAAAAGGAUAAGAGCGGCAAGAAACAGCAUAAAAUACGCCGCAAACUUCUAAUGGGUGGUCUGAUACGACGCAAGAAUCGUUCCAUGCCUGAUCUAACCGAAGCCGGAGACGAUGCAGCGCCCAUGAAUCAACUGAAGAUGACCCUGCCAGCUGCUGGCGGCGCUGGUGUUAACCACAGAUCCAAGGAUGACAGCUCUCUGGGCUUGGGACAGCAUCCCGAAAUAACAGCCAUGAGUGGCUACAUCUCCGAGGGCCAUUUCGAUUAUCCAAAUGGUGUAACUGGAGGAGUAGGAGCAGGAGGCAAGGAAGCGAUUAAUGGUCACAAUCCGAAUCCGAAUUUAGAGCGCAGUAAAUUGAUGCGCAAGAGUUUUCAUGGCAGUGGACGGCAAUUGACUAUGGUCCCGAAAGUUGCACCUCCACCACCCAUGCGUACCAGUUCCACGCUCACCCAACAGCAGCAGCAGCAGCAACAACAACAGCAAUACCAUCAUGAGGCUAACCUUUCGAAUAUUUCCAAUAUGAGCUCAAAUACUUCAAUUAGUGAGGACUCCUAUCAGACCAUUAUCACCACUUGUGCCCAGGUUCACUCGGAGCAGAGCCCCUUAAAGGAUUUGGGCCUAAUUGAGGCGCCCCACCUGGACUUGCCACCCUAUCCAAGUCCACCGCAUUCUGUGUGCCAUUCCCGGCAGGCCAGUGAGGAUUUCCCACCGCCCCCACCACCGGAAAUCGAUUUGGAACCCCUCAAUCAUCAAUUGAAUCAGCUGCAGGCUCUGGAGGCUGCCGCCAAACAUCAGCAACGCCAGCACUUCGAUUCCAUUGGCGAUGGCAUGGGAACCACUAGCAUUCUAGCCCAACUGCAACAGCGCCAACAUUUGCUCAAAAUGCGCAAGGAGCAAGAGCAACAGCAGGACCAGCAGCAGCAGCAACCCGAUCUCAUAACAGCUAAGCAAAGAAACUUGGAGGCUAAUGUCACGGCGAAGAGUGUUCGAGACUUGGCAAAUCGUUUCGAGCAGACUGCCAUUAUACGUUCGUAUAACUCGCAGGAAAUGCUCCUUAUGCCGCCUCAAGUGCGUACACAGAUGAAUGGAUUGCCCACCAGUAAUAAGCAAUUGGAUGAAGAUGAAGUGGAUUGCCCACCGCCGCCAACAGUGGCACGUCAUCAGCAGCAACAGCAACAACAACAACAACUGUUGCCCAAACCCAAAUAUGAAAUGUCUGAAUCACAAAUAGCUGAGGAAAUACGCGAAGUGGAAUUGCUUAACUCCUUUGUGAAGCAAUCAUUCAAUCAGAAUCCAAAUCAAUGUCCACCCAAAAGGGUCAAGAAGAAGAGUGUCUCAUUCUGUGAUCAAGUUAUAUUGGUAGCCACCGCUGACAAUGAUGAAGACGAUGAUUUCAUACCGAAUCCGAUAUUGGAACGUGUUCUAAGGACAGCACAAAAUCCAAAUGAAAAGGCUGCCACACAAAUGGUACAGGAGCCAAAUAUCCAGCGGUUGCAAGCAGAACCACAACCGCGACCACAACAACAGCAGCAGCAACAGCAAGCCAAUGUCUUGCAAGCAUUGCAGCAGCAGCAGCAACAUCAACAGCAACCAUCACCCAUAAUGGGCAGACCAAUGGCCACUGAUAUGCAACGUUAUGUCCAAAGAAUGCAACAUCAGCAGCUUGUUCAACAGCAACAGGAAUUGUAUCGCCAUCAGCAACAGCAGCAACAGCAACAGCAGCAGCAGCAACGCACCAGCAUGAACGGUUUGGCCCAACAGCAACACAUGCAGCUACAACAGCAGCAGCAACAACACCUACAACAGCAGCAGCAGCAACAACAACAACAACAGCAGAUGGAUAGUCCAUAUCUUAGUAUGCCUCGGCUUUUAAAUCAUAACCAUAUGAUGCCCCAAAGCUAUUCGGUACAGCUGCAGAAACACCAGCAACAACAACAACAACAACAACAGUUGCAGCAACAGGCACAGCAACAGCUUAAUCUCGCCUAUUUUAGCAAUGGUUCAACUACUAAUCAAGAGAUGACAGGAGGAGCAGCAGCAGCAACACCAACAUUGCCUUCACCCUAUCAACGAGUGCCCAUCCCACAUGGUUUUUAUCCAACACCAGUAACAGCAGCAGCAGCAGCAGCUCACAACCAACAGCAACAUCAUUUACAACAAUUGCAAUGCAAUGUUGCAGCAAAACCUAUGCAAAAGAAGGUCAGCUUUGAGCCAGGUACCAAGGGUGAGGCUACAAAUGAUGGCCAUCAGUUAGCACCACCACCGCCGCCCCCACCUCUGCCAUUGCAAACAAAGCUCACCAUACAGAAUGGUCUACCCGAAAGUAAUCCAAAUAUUCCGCCGCCUCCUCUGUCCAAUACUGCCAUCGCUGCCAUACCUACCCGCGUAUAUAACAAUGCCAUUGUCAAAGCCUCGGCCAAGGCUGUGGAAUGUAAUCUAUGUCGCAAACGGCAUGUGAUAGCUCCGGCUGUCUAUUGCAAUAACUGUGAAUAUUAUUUGCAAAUGCUCAAUCAAAGGAGAUGAUAAAGACCGACGACAAUGUCAAUGACGACGACGACGAUAAAUGGAAUGAUCAUUUUUGUGGUCAACCAAGCAACAGUUAAUCUCAAACGCAAGUCUUAUAUGCUGCCACAUUGCCUAGAAUGAAUUAUUAAGGAUUGCAUUAAAAUCGUUUAGAAUCUUAAUCUUUAAUCUUAGAGUCUAGAAUCUAGAUAAUAUAAGCCAAGGGAAUUGGCCACGGCCUGUGGGCAUUCAGUGCCUUCUAUGGUUUCACAUGAGAAGUUCCAAAACUGUUCCCACUCUGCCUAUCGACAAUCUCCAUAUGUGUGUACACAUGCAAUGUGUAUGAAUUGAAUUACUUUUAUUUAAUAUUAAUUCAGUUGGAAAUAAUCUCAUAAAAGAUAAACUCUUUACUGAAUAAGUCGCUUCACAUUGAAAUAUAUACAUACAUUCAUUUUUUUUUUCUACAUUUUAUGAUAAAGUAUUUUUUUUUAUAUAUAUAUUUUUAUAAGAAUUUUAAGAUAUCUUAUUGAUCAGAAGUUUGAAACUCAGUCGCUGAGCUUCCCAUUUAUGGCUAGAUGUUGUCGAACGACUCUUGCAUAAAUCUAAAUAUUAAAUACAACGACCUUUUUUUUUGCAUUUUGUACUUAACAUAAUUAUUAUUGCAUUUAAAUGAUGUCUUGUAUUUUUACUAUAUACCUAUACAUUAUAUAUUUUUAUACAAUGAAGUUUUUUUUAUACAAAACGAAAACACAAAACAAACACAUUUACAAAUAAAAACAAAAAAAUGUUUCAAAUAAAUUAUACACCUAAAUAUAAAAAACAAAAA